AUGGGCAGGCCCCCGGCCCUGGUCCUGCUCUUGGCACUGCUGGCACUCUGCAUCACUGCUGGGACACCUGAGGUGUGGGUGCAGGUUCAGAGGGAGGCCACCGAGGCCCUGUCCUUCACUCUUCGCUGUGGAUUCCUGGGUCCUGGCAAUGUCUCUCUGGUGACUGUGAGCUGCGGGGGGCCUGAUGGUGCUGGAGGGACCAAGCUGGCGGUGCUGCACCCAGAAUUCGGCUCUGAGCAGUGGCCGCCUGCCCUCCAGGCCCGCUGGGAAACCAGAACCAGCGUCUUCCUCACCCUGGAAGGGUCUGAGGAGAGAAGCCUUGGUCCCAAUACCACCUUCUGCUGCAAGUUUACUUCCUUCCCUGAGGGCUCCCAGGAGGCCUGUGGGAGCCUCCUCCACGUCACAGACCAAGGGUUCCCUGCCUCUACUUCAGCCUCUCUCCUACGGGCUGACCUGGCUGGGAUUUGGGGGAUCUCAGGGGUCCUCUUCUUUGGCUGUGUCUACCUUCUCCACCUGCUACGUCGGCAGAGGCACUGGUCCGUCACGAAGCUUCAGCCGCCCCUCAGCAACCCCCUGACACAGACACAAGCAGCGGCAGCCAGCCAAGCCUUCCCGGCCUCUCCCCACAUCCCCUAUGCCACCAUCUCCACCCACCACCUCUGCCGGGCAGCUAUGGGCACGGUCCUUCCACCCCAGCCAUUGUCCAGGAGGGAGCUGAUCCCCCGCCACACUGCGCAGCAUCCUGCCCCGUGGGCGCCCCUGCCAGCCUCUGCUCGCAACAGCUUCAUCUCCGUUGAGAACGGACUCUACGUUCAGGCAGGAGAGAGGCCUCCCCACAUCUGCCCCAACCUCAUCCCCUUCCCUGACCCUCUGUGGCCCAGAGCCAUGGAGGGGCGUUUAGGAGUUUAA